CAUUUCCUUAUCACACGCAAGUAAAUUUACUUUCUUCGAGCGCUCAGUCAGUCAACAAGAUGCGAGUUUCGAUAGUACUGCUACUGCUCAUUGCCCAGGUCGUGAUUGGCGUCAAGCGUUACUUCAUACCAAAUUUAAAGGCAAAUUGGUACAAAGCUUCUGAAUUCUGCAACUCUCAGGACAUGGCCCUGGCGUCGGUCGAAUCCGUCGAAAAGCAUCAAUCGCUGGUAAAAUUCAUAGAAUCCACGGACAAGUUCUCCAACGCGUCCCGCUUCUGGCUCGGUGGAAGUGACCUGGCCGAGGAGGGCACAUUUGUGUGGGCUCCGACCGGAAGGCUUGUGACGUUUGCGGCUUGGGCCGAAAAUGAGCCGAAUAACGUGAACGGGACGGAAAAUUGCAUCGAGAUUAUCCACAACACGUACGUGAACAUUCGCUGGCAGUGGAACGAUCACGACUGCCGGGGAUUCACGACGUACUUUGUCUGUGAGAGUGUGGCCGAUCGCUGUAUUGAGCCGUUUCGAUAAGGGGUGGUUUGAGGCAUUGUUGCUAUUGAAAAGUGAACAGAAAU